CCCCAAACUCCUCCAGUUCUCCUCGGAUGAGCCCCUGAUUUUCUGCCUGUUGGUGAUGGAGGCGCCCGGCGCUUCGGGCUCCGCUUUCGGUAUCGACUCUCUGCUGUCGCGCGGCCCCCCGGCGCUGCUGGACGGAGAGGCCGAGGGGGCAGGAGGAGGAGGAGGUGGUGGAGGAGGUGGUGGAUGCUGCUCCUCUUCGCCGCUGGAGCUGAGUCCAGGCUCCGAUGCUGACCGGGACCCUGAGCGGGACAGCAGCGCGUGCUCCUCGCCCCCCUCCCCCCGCCGGCCGCUACUCGGGCUGCCCGGAGCUCCGCCGCGCACCGUCACCUCCUCCUUCCUCAUCAGAGACAUAUUAGCAGACUGCAAGCCUCUGGCCGCGUGCGCACCUUACAGCACCGCGCAGCACGAGCCGGGCAGGACCGCGAGCAAGGAGGACUUCAUACUGGACAAGAUCCACAGCAACUCCUCCUCAGACAGCGAGUACAAAGUGAAGGACGAGGCUGAGAGGGAGAUCUCCAGCAGCAGGGACAGUCCUCAGGUCCGCCUCAAAAAGCCCCGCAAAGCCCGCACGGCCUUCACCGACCACCAGCUGGCGCAGCUCGAGCGCAGCUUCGAGCGGCAGAAAUACCUGAGCGUGCAGGACCGCAUGGAGCUCGCGGCCUCCCUCAACCUGACCGACACACAGGUCAAGACCUGGUACCAGAACCGCAGGACGAAGUGGAAGAGGCAGACCGCGGUGGGACUGGAACUGUUGGCGGAGGCGGGGAAUUAUUCUGCGCUGCAGAGGAUGUUCCCCUCGCCCUACUUCUACCCCCAGAGCCUGGUGUCCAACCUGGACCCCGGAGCAGCUCUCUACCUGUACAGAGGAGCCUCGGCCCCGCCCCCGGCCCUGCAGCGCCCCCUCGUCCCGCGCAUCCUCCUGCACGGCCUGCAGGGCGGCGCUAGUGAGCCUCCACCGCCUCCACCUCCCCCUCCUCUACCCCCGCUGUCCGGAGUGCUCCCUAGACCCACCCCACCACGAUGAACAGCAGCACGCGCGGGACUUUAUCGAAAAAUAAACUCAAACACUGGCAGCUUAGGACUCUACGAACAACGAGAGAGAAAAAAAGACAAGUUUUAACCAACCGGUGACAAAAGUAUGGAGAUAUAACCUAAAGCCACUGUACUCACUCAAUGGACUCAAUGGCAUAGCAGCAAACUCUGGUUGGUGAAAUGAUUACCACUGUCGGUCCUAAUUUAUUGAAAUAUUUAUUUCCCCUUUGUAUUUAAAUGAUAUAUUUAUAUAGCUAGGCCUACUGUUUACCAUUUAUGUUUUGGAAAAAAAAGAACAUUGUUUAUAAAGGACGCAAUAAUGACG